CAAUAAUGGCGGAUAAGAGAGUGUUGGAAGUUAUUCAAUCAGAAUUUGUAGGUGAUGAUACAACUAAAACUUUUGUGUUGAAUGGUGAAGAUCAUACUCUGGGAAAUUCCUUGAGAUAUAUGAUAAUGAAAAAUCCAGAAAUCAAAUUUUGUGGUUAUGCAGUUCCUCAUCCAUCAGAGAAUAAAAUAAAUCUCCGGAUACAGACAUACGGAUCAUCAGCUACAGAUCAGUUUCGGAAAGGACUUGAAGAUCUAAACCAGUUAUGUGAAAUUGUGUUGGAAAAAUUUCAGCUUCAGUCUCAAGUUGUCUUUGAGUUGAAGUCGGAGAUGUUAGUUUUCACGUUUGUCAUGGCCAAAAAUCCGCUCUCGCAGAGGUAUGUUGUGGAAAAUGGUAGUAAAUAUUUUAUUGCCGCUUCGUUGACAUGAUAAUA